AGUUAAAAUCCUCUCUCUCUCUCUCUCUGUAUCUCUUCCUCUGUUCUCUCUCUAUGCGUCUCUGACUCUCUAGCUGUGAUCAAUCGAUCGACCCAGAGGAUUUUCAGAGACAGAGAACAAAAUCUUUCACUCACGGGAAGCUUGAGGUUCACUUCACCUUUCUGUAAAUCAAUUUCGGUGCUCAGCCCCUGCUUGAAUUUCCCCCGACUUCUCUUUUUUUUUUUUUUUUUUUUCCAUGUGAAGGACGUCGCUGUCGAAGCCAUUAACGCGUUGUUGUCCUACCCUCUUGGAAAAAUCACUCACUCAAUCUCCUUGUUUUGACCACCUAUGCUUGUCUUGAAUUUCUAUGCUCCACUUCGGCUCAAAACUGAUUAUUUGCUUUGUUCGGCUCUGGUCUGUGAUCGUUGUAGUUUGUGGUUUCCGAGGUUGUUUUUCCUGAGCUUUGUUGUCGUUAGAGGGCUAAUUGUGCGUGGAAGUUUGAUGCAGCGAUGAGAUCAUUGUGAGGAUUCAGCCACUGAGUUUAUCUUAUAAUCAUGUCGGGUCAGUUCAACAACAUGUCCAGUUUCUGUCCUAGAUGGCCUUUGUUGAUCUCAUCUGCUUCUUCUUGAAGCUUCGGGUUCUCGGGUCGAAGGUCCCAACCAUGUUGUUUGUUUGAGCGUUCUUUUGAUUGUUCAUAUUGAGCAGCCUGUGUUAUCGAAUUGUCGGAAGAUUUUUCUUUCAUAUCCCUCCCUGAGUCAGAGCUUCCUGUCCCUCGACCUUCAAAGUUGUUUCUGAUAGUCCAGCAUCCACCGUCUUCAUUCUUUCACACUAGAUUCCUCCUGCUGUGGACUGGAGCCCCUCUGCGUGGUGGUUUCCAUGUUUUAACUACUAUAUUCGGGUUUUGCCUCGCCAUAUGAGGCCAAUUCAUGCUUGAUCAAACUGCACUUAUUAAGUGUUCUCGGGUUUGGCGAUGGAGUGAGAGAAGUUCUUUGGAGUAGAUACCACAGGGAGAAGGUUUUGGCUUGAGGGUUGACGGUUGAUAUCUUUCUCUUCUUAAUUUCGUGUCUCAAUCACAACUCAUCGAAAUGGGGGACUGUGGAUUUACCAUCACGAACCAUGAAGUGCAGCAUCACAUAGCAGCUGCAGCUCAGCACAUUCUGAUGGCGCUGAAGGCGUGCAGGAAUCUGACUGAUGAUAACAGAAAGGUUCUCUCCGAUCUCAAUUCUUACCUGCCUAACGAGAUGAUACUUGGUGAAAGCGGUGGAGGAAUGCUAAUGGAUAUGGAAGAGCAAAUCAGGCAUUCUGAGGGGAUAAUUAUGAGGUGGGAAUCACAUGAGGGGAUGAUAUGGGAUUCUGGGCUUGCGCAAGCAUCCGAGUAUCUCAAUUCUGUUAGGGAGAUUCAGAAGAUAGUUGUAGCUAUUGGAGGCCUUCCUGUCCCAAGUGGUGGGAAGCCGAGGGAACUCUGUCUUCGAGCUCAUUGUAUCUUGCAGAUAGCUAUGUCCAAGCUCGAGGAAGAGCUGAUUCACAUUCUCAUUCAACACAAGCAAUGCUAUGAACCCGAGUACAUGUCCUUCCGUUCUUGUGUGGAAGAUGUCGUGUAUGACGAGUCAUUUGUGUCUGCUGAGGACGAAGCGAUGGAGUCUGUCUCUCGUGGAGAUAAUUCUGGCAGUUCUUCUGAGCAGUGCCUGGUCGAUUUGGUUCGGCCUGAAGUGAUAUCUGCUAUUAAGUCGAUUGCUGAUGUGAUGUCUGCGUCGAAGCACGAUAAGGAAUUUUGUCGGGCUUUUGUUGGUGCCCGGAAGGAUGCGUUAGACGAGUACUUGGUCAUCCUCGGGAUGGAGCAGUUGACCUUUGAAGAUGCCAUGAAAAUGGAUUGGAAGGCCUUGAGCUGUGAGAUCAAGAAAUGGGUCUGGGCACUGAGGAUCAUUAUUCGGGUCUAUCUGAGAAGUGAGAAGUGGCUCUGUAAUCAGAUCUUAGGAGAGCUCGGGCCAGUCAGUUUGAGUUGUACUUUCAUCGAGAUCGCGGGGGCUGCAAUGUUGCUGUUCUUGAACUUUGGUGAAGCUGUUGCCAUGGGACCUCGACAGCCCGAGAGGCUGUUCAGAGUCCUUGACAUGUAUGAGGUUCUUGCUGAUCUUCUUUUUGAUAUUGAUACUCUUUUCAUAGAGGAUGCCGGGUCUUUCAUUAGAACUGAGUUUCAUGAGCUCCUCGCACGAUUGGGAAAUUAUGUGAAAGGAGCAUUUUCCGAGUUCAGGAACUGCAUUGCCUCCGACCAGCCAAGGAAAGCCUUUUCUAGUGGUGUUCACCCUUUCACGAACUAUGCGAUGAACUACAUCAAGACCUUCACUGCGUACAGGGAGACGCUCGAUCUGCUUCUCCGCAAUCCAGAAGAAGAUGGAAUGGAUCCUUCCCCUGAAACAGAGAAAGGGGCAGAAGAUUCCUCGUAUAGUUCUUGUCCAUUGGCUCGGCAUGCCCGAUUACUUGCGUCCAUUUUAGAGGCCAACCUCGAGAACAGAUCCAAGCUCUUGAAGGACGAGUCCUUGCAGCACAUAUUUUUGAUGAAUAACAUCCAUUACAUGGUUAAGAAGAUCAAGGAUUCCGAUCUCAGGCAAUACUUUGGUGACGAGUGGAUCCGGAAGCAGAUCGGGACUUUCCAGCACCAUGCGACGGAUUACAUAAGAGCCACUUGGAGUUCCGCUCUUUCUCUUCUCAACGACUCUAGGAGGCUCGACCUGAACCCAUUCAACAGGUCUACUCCAAGGGAUAAAUGCAAAAACUUCGUUGCGGCUUUCGAGGAGGUCUACAAGAGCCAAACGGGAUGUCUCGUUCCCGACCCUGAGCUCCGGGAAGAUCUCCAGAUCUCGACUUCCCAGAAAGUCAUUCAAGCCUACCGCAGCUUCCUCGGGAAGAACUCCGCACAAAUCGGGGACAAGUACAUCAAGUACAAUGCCGACGACAUGGAGAAACUCGUGCUGGAUUUCUUCUCAGGAUCAUCGAGGUCAUUGCGUUCUUCCCGGAGGAGAUGAGGGUGUCAAAGUUCCAACCCCUUUGCUGCAGUAGUCUUUUUUUCUUUUUCUUGUAUCCAUUUUUGUAUUUUUCAUAAUUGUCAUAGAUAUUGUAAAUGGCUUGUAAUGUUUAACCGAUCUCGAGUGAAUUACCCUCUUAAGGAUUUUGCCUCAGAUGAUCGGCCGUCCUCUGAGUUAGUAGUGCAAUUUCGAGAAUUGUGUCUGCACUUGUUCAUGAGUAUGAAAUGGUAAUCCUUUGACAUUAUCAUCA